GAAGCAACAACAUUAGCUUCUGACUAGCUUAGCAUCGUAAAUCCCUGUGUCUGCUGUAAAAAAAAAAACUAGUAUUUGAAGUAUAAUUGUUUUAAUCAGCAGCAUUUAUUUGCUAACGAGCUCUCGGUUUAAUUUCACAAAUCAGAAGGUUUAAAUGAUAUUAAUGUUGAGUUUAAAUAGCCACGUAUCCUGUAUGUAACAGUUUAAAUGUAGCUGCGCAGUGAAAGUUAGCCAGCUAGCUAAAUGAUGGAGUGAUUUUCAUUUGAGCAGAGCGGAUUAAGUUUCCGGAUAAAUGAGAGAAAGUGAAGGAGGAGAAAGUGGUUAAACCCGGAGACCAGGAGAAAGAUGGGAACCCCGUUUAAAAUCCCGAGGAAGAAGCCAAGCGGUUCGGGUUCCUCCGUCAUUCACAUGACGUCACCUCUAUCCCGGCUUCAGGAUGACGUCACACCAAAAUCACCCUGGAAUCGAGACCCUUUUAACGGGCAAAAGUUGAACCGAAGCAGCUGUGUCAACGGGAGAAGAGAAAUGAAGCCUGGCUCUACCGGAGCAGACCGUUGGAGACCCAAGAGAGCGUCAGAUAAGCUGUGCCAGCGCGAGGACGACAAACACACGCCUGCAGCUAAGAAGCAAUGGGGAUCCGGUUUUAUUGAGAAAUGCACAUCUUCACAGGACGAUGAGGAGGGGGGAGAGAAGACGACUGCUUCUCCAGUCAGGGAAACAACAAAGAGCGCAGACACCCAAGAGUCUGUGAGACCAGAACAAACCUCACACUCCGAGGACGGCGUGCAGGCGAAGCUAGUGAGGACACCAAAGGACACACGUGUCCACUCCGAUACCGUCCCAAAAGCUGCCAGAGAUCAUCCGUACACCAGGAGGAAUCUCCGGCUGAGGCUUUCACUCAAAACCUACCAGAGAAUCAAAGCAAACUGUGCAGAACCGAUUGUUCUGUCCAGUGAUGAUGAAGAUGAGGGAGAGGAUGAAGCACGCAGUGAUGUUCGACUAAAUCCAGAUGUGCAGAAGAGCCGAAAUAUCAUUUCAGGAGGUCAGAGUUCAUCUCCUGCCAUGAUGGAACUUGCCUUCUCCGUUCUGUACUUUGACACAACGCAGAGUCAUGCCGACGGACCCAUCAUGAUCACAGAAGAGAGCAUCUCGAUCCGACUGAAAGGGUCAGGAGCAGCGGCUGACGGUGGUGACGGCGAGUGUGUGUCGGUGUGCGUGGUUCCCUCGGAGCUCAGAGCGUACGGCGUGUGGGAUGCCGUUGGCACCGGGUUGAUGCAGCUGCGCGACUCUUCGUCCUCCCUCCUCUUCUUCACUCUGAGCGAUGCUCAGGCCCGACUGCUGCGCACCGAGCUCUCAGUGCUACACACAAACACAGCAGCCCCGCCUUGCCCGUUUGUGUUGGUGCACCUGAUUGGUCGAUUGGAUGAGCUGCAGGAAGCCACCUUAGCAUCUCUGAUGGAGAUGAUGGCUCUGAGGAGCGGACACCCGUCCCUGGGGACCCCUCUGUCCCAGGAGGAGGGGCUGAAACGGGUACUGUACCACCCUAACGGUGCCCGCUUCCUCACCCUGCUGGGGAACAAAGUAACCGAUCAGGAGAGUCACAAUGGGAUCAGAAGCAGCAAAGCACCUGAGGUCACGAGUACCAGACACACACUACGCAGCCAUACAAGACAGCCAAGCAUGCCCAGAAGGUUAAUUCAGUACCCCCCUCCACCCUUGAAAGGCGGCAUCACCGUGACAACCGAAGACCUGGAGUGCCUUAGGGAUGGUGAAUUCCUCAAUGACGUCAUCAUCGACUUCUACCUCAAGUACCUGCAGCUAGAGAGGGCGGAUCGGGACGUGGCCAACAGGUCGCACAUUUUCAGCAGCUUCUUCUAUAAGCAGCUCACACGCAAAGCCAACAGCAGCGAGGGGGAGGCCGGCGGCACAGCGCAGUAUAGACGCCAUGGGAGAGUGAGAACAUGGACCAGAAAUGUCGACAUCUUCAGCAAGGACUACCUCUUCAUACCUGUUAAUCAGGAAGCCCACUGGUACCUGGUAGUGAUCUGUUUUCCAGGUCUGCUGCAAACCGAGUGCGUGCCGUGGAAGAAAAGCCAAACAGAAAGUUCGGUUGAUGAUCCAAAGGGCAAACCAAAGGACAGCACUCUUAAAUCCACCAAUCUUCCGGACUGCACGGUGCUCACCUGCCAGAGGAACAUGGUCACCAGGAGGCCUUGCAUUCUGAUCAUGGACUCUCUGAAGCUGUCCUACCACAAUCACAUCUACACACUGUUGCAAGAGUACCUCCAGGUGGAGUGGGAGGUGCGGAGAGGAACUCCUCGAGUGUUUAAUAAGGACAGCAUUAAAGGGAGCCACUGCAAAGUGCCAUUGCAGGACAACAGUAGUGACUGUGGACUUUACCUGCUGCAGUACGUUGAGAGUUUUCUGCAGAAUCCAGUCAUACACUUUGAUCUCCCGCUUCGGCUCGAGCGCUGGUUUCCACGGCAGCAGGUCCGCAGGAAGAGAGCGGAGCUCCGCGAGCUGGUGCUUCAGCUGUACCAGGACCGAGUGGGCGGAGCCUUACGGAGCAGCAGCUAAUGAAGGGUUGGACUGAUGAUCAUGGCCUUGUUCUAGUGGGAUGAUGUUUUGUACUAGGGUUUCCCCCCAAUCCCGCAACUUUUAAUGCUGCACUAACACGUGUGACUCGUUAGGAAACACUUUAGUACGUUGAAGCGUGUAAGAUGUGAUUCAUGAUCACGUUCCUGUAAUUCGACAACAUGCUGAAACCAGCUUGGUAAAGAUUUUAUAAUGUGCGUGUUAGUGUGUGUAAAUGCUAAAUUGUGCAAAGAGUAAGAGUGAGAAACAUCAUUUUACUAAGAUAUGAAGAAUAUUUGUAUUUCCUGUUAAUUUAUUAUAUUUGUAUAGUUUGUGUUUUAAUAUAUGAAGGCAAAAAUAAAGCAAGAAAUGGAA